AUGUUGUCAGGAGAACACGAUGGCGCCGUAAUGGAAACAGCAGCGGAUGCGUCCUUGUGCAAGUUAUCUGCCAGUCAUCUUGGCUAUUAUAACGAUCCAUUUGUGCAAUUUUUUGUCAAGAUUCCGUCACGUCGCAUGCCGAUUAUCAAUCGCGGUUAUUACGCUCGAGUCACUGCUGUCGAGUCACUUGUGACCAAAUUUAUAAGCGCUGGUGACUCGAAACUAAAAAAACAAGUCGUGAUUUUAGGUGCAGGACUCGACACGAUGUUUUUUCGUUUAAAAAGUAGUAAAAUGCUUGGUAAUUGCGAGUAUUUCGAGCUGGAUUUCCCGGACGUAACCAUGCAGAAAGUGAGUGCAAUUAAACGACGUAAACCACUUAAUGAACUGCUAGGGCUCGCAACAACCAAGGAAUUUAUGGCUGCAGUGGCAUCGGAGUACACAGAGCUGAAUACACCGGGGUAUCAUUUACUGCCUUGUGAUUUAAGGGACUUGGAUGCUACAAGAACCAAAUUAGAAGCAGCAGGUAUUGAUCGCAAUGUGCCAACGCUGUUUGUGUCAGAGUGUGUGCUGAUCUACAUGGAUGCCAAAUUCUCCACGCAGCUAGUGACGUGGGCGGUGUCAUACUUUGCAGACGUGAGCUUUGUACUGUACGAACAGAUUUUGCCUGACGAUGCGUUUGGAACAGUAAUGAUGGCGAAUAUCAAGGCGCGUGGAUGUGACUUGUUGAGUAUUUACGACUUUCCGACUGUAGAAGCGCAAAUUGCACGAUUUACAGAACAUAACUACGAGGUAGCGCAGUGCUGGGAUAUGAACAAGAUUUACUACCACUACCUGGAUCCGUCUGAACGCACCAAGCGCGAAAGACUUGAGAUCUUCGAUGAGCUGGAAGAGUUUCACUUAUUGCAAGCGCACUAUUGUAUUGUUGUCGCCAAUAAGCAAGCCUCAACACCAGCAGCGCUCGCAUUGGCGUUAAGUGAAGCCCACGAAUGA